AUUUAGUUGAAAUAGAUGUGCCAAUCAAUAAUGGCUGGAAGCCCCUACCAACUUUCAUACUCCAACCAGUAAGCGCCGUCUAGCUUCGCCCAUGUCCCACCCUUUCAACGGGGAAUACACAAGGCUCAGCCAGCCUUAAAAACCCCUGUCUUCCCCUGGGCUCGGCAGAUCAUCUUGUGUUUUCUUAUCAAUUUAUGUUGCCGUUACACGCUUCACGAAUCCGUCCCAUGACCAGGUGGGGAUACAACUUUGUUUAUGUUCUUUUACAUUUAUUCCGCCCUUACCUAGGUAGAGCAGGGAGUGGUUGAUAAGCAUUUGGUAGCGACCACCUCUGUGGUAUUUCCGUUCUUUACGGAUUGUGCUACCUCUUGAUCAUGCGUUGACAAGCCUGCCGAAGCCAAUUCUCUGGAUCUUAUGUCACGCAUCGGCGUGACGUGGGCAUUAGCUAGUCACGAUGACUGCUUUUGCUCCAGACGCAACCCCUCCAGGCACUCGCAUAUCUGUCGCAACAGGAAGCACAGCGGUCGAUAGCCAUGGGGCCCAUCACCGAGCGCCUAGGUCGCUACCCCCUUGGAUUGGGUCCUACGAGGUACGACGAGGAGAAACACCAAACGUCGAUGAAUUACUAUUCAACCGACCCCCUCCCCGGGCAGUCCAGGCCCACCACAACAAUACGCCGUCCUCACCCCCGGUUGCGAGGAGGGUUUCCAAGGAUGGCUAUAUCGACAUGUACGACGACUCCCGGCUGCGGGCGGGGAAGAGACCGAAAGUCACGCUACAAAGCCUACUGCAAGGCAAGAAUGGGCCGAUGAGGGGGAGGAAGUGGGAUCAUCUCCGCUCAGCCGAGCCCGUCAUCGUGUCCGGCUAUCUCGCCUCGAAGCCCGGUUCUCCGUGGCGGAGCUUUGUCCGAUCCUCCGAGUACGGCCACCUCCCGAACGAAGAGGCCGAGAUUGUGGGCGUUGACAUGCUGGAUAAGCUUCAACCAGGGUUUAAUGACCCCGUGCACAUCCCGCGGUUUCCCGACUUGGAAAAGACACGGCGUGCACGCACAUCGGCGGUCUAUAAGCGGGCCUGGAACAUCAUCCUCAAACACCCCCUGGUGCCGCUCGCCUUCCGACUGACUGUCCUGCUGACGUCGAUAAUCGCCCUGGCCCUCUCUGUGCGUAUAUACGAGAUUGAAAACGUCGCGGUAGACUCCAGCGCAGAGCGGACGCAGGCGAUCGUGGCCAUCGUGGUGGACACGCUGGCGAUUCCAUAUAUCGGCUACAUGACGUGGGACGAGUAUACUGGCAAGCCACUCGGCCUACGGCCUCCGACUGAGAAGAUAUCGCUGAUCCUUAUGGAUUUGUUCUUCAUCAUAUUCAAAUCUGCGAGCACGAGUCUGGCGUUCGAGGCGCUGGUUUAUCACAACAGCCUCCAGGCCAGUGUGCGAUACUACUCCAGGGCGCUUAGUGCCUUCCAGACAGUGAGCCUGAUAUCAUGGACCAUGAAUUUCACUGUAAAUGUAUUCCGGUUAGUGCAAAAGCUUGGCGGCAGCGACGAGGAGGGUGCUGCUCAUAUGUGGGGCGGCCAUGGGUCCGUCUGAGAAUACCAACAUUGCUGUAUAAUAUGGAAGACGGCGUUCCUCUGCCCAAGGGCAGUAUUAGUCCGAUUUAGUCACUACCUACCUAACCGAUAUCGGACGCAUGAUACACCACCCGAUAGCACUGACUACCGUA